CGCUGCUGUCGCGCAUGAAGCACGAGAAAAAAAAGCAUGAGGGAUAAUCAGUGCUGGUUCGUAAUGGCCAUUGGGACAUGCGUGUCGCCAAACCGAAUUGGCGUCUACCACCGAACUUUGGGUCCAGGAGGCACGGCACGGCCUUUUUCUCCCCACUGCAUCGGACCUUUCGAUCGGAAAGUACUUUGGAGAAUGGAGGGGGAACAAUAGGAGGAGAGAGGAAGAAGGAGAGCUGGAGAAAAAGGUAUAAAAAGGUCCUUGUCUUCCAUCUUCAACCCUCUCUUUCAUCACUAUUCCAUCAUCAUUCCUAUCUACUUCAAGCCACAGUCACUUGUUCUGGGACUUCACGCUCCACUCACUACCAAUACUUCCUUGAAUUCAUCUACUUCCUUACCACACUCUUCACCAUGUCUGCCGAUCUGAAGCCCCUCCGCAUCGUCAUGGCCUGCGAUGAGGCCGGCCAGCCCUACAAGGAGACCCUGAAGGCUGCUCUUGAGAAGAACCCUCUGGUUGAGUCCAUCCAAGAUGUGGGCGUCAACUCCACCUCCGACAAGACUGCUUACCCUCACCCGGCUGUCGCUGGUGCCAAACUCAUCAAGGAGGGCAAGGCAGACCGUGGUCUCUUCAUCUGCGGUACUGGUCUCGGUGUCGCUAUCUCCGCCAACAAGGUGCCCGGCAUUCGCGCCGUGACAGCACACGACUCCUUCUCCGUCGAGCGCUCCAUCCUUAGCAACGACGCCCAGGUGCUCUGCUUUGGCCAGCGCGUUAUUGGCAUUGAGCUUGCGAAGAAGCUCGCCAACGAAUGGGUGACCUACCGCUUCGACCCCAAGAGUGCCUCCGCCGCCAAGGUGCAGGCCAUCUCCGACUACGAGAAAGAACUCGCCGGUACUGCUUAAGUUGGAUUGUCUGUCUGUCUGUCAACCCAGUCGAUUCAUCAGUACUAUGAUGUUCCUUGUCCGUGCGGCAUGACAUGAACACCAGCCACACCGAAGUGGCAGCGGCAGCGCCAUAAUCUCCGGCGUGUUACUAUAAACUAUAGCUUCCUUUCACCACUUAUUUUUUGAGCGAAGCGAUCUGGUACGGCUGGAUCCGGGCCUUUCCCUUCUAAUAUCCGACGAGUCAACGAUACCACGAGUGUACGGAAUGAUUUGGCCGGCCAAUCUUUCAUUAGAGCAGUAGGUAG